AUGUCUGCGAAAACUCGUCGAGACCACGCCGUCGAACUGGAAGAUGUCGCUGGUAACAUCAUCAAGCCACAUACCAGUCUCUACAACGUCUUGAUCACCUGCGCCGUGACUUUGGGCUCCAUCAACUACGGCUAUUCUUCAGCUGUGAUCGCUGGAGCACUCGCUCUGCCGAGCUUCAACGAGUUGUUCUUGGCCGUCAACACGUCUCCACGCGUGGGAGCCGUUCUUGGAAUCUUCCUUGGUGGUGGGUUUAUUGGCGCCAUCCUACAACAACCCAUAAGUGAUCGUUAUGGAAGAAGAUUCGGAUUGGGCUCAGGGGCCUGCUUCAUCAUCGUUGGCAUAUCCCUGCAAGCCGGAGCGGUCAACUUCCCGAUGUUCCUCGUCGGACGUCUUAUUGCAGGAAUAGGAACGGCCAUCUGCAUCACGGUGUCUCCAAUAACAGGCUAUCUCCUGGCCUCCCUCGGCUCGCUUGGGUUCAGCUUCAUGACCGCCAAAAUCCAGUGGAGGAUCAAUUUCAUCAUCGCCCUCGGCGUCGCUAUCCUCCUUCUGCUACUUCUCAUCUUUGUCGUUCCCGAAUCACCAAGGUGGUUGGUUGCUCAAGGACGCUUUGACGAAGCCAAACGCACUCUUGACAGACUACACGUCAAUAAACAUGACCCUCAAGGACUUGUCGCGAAGGCUGAGUUGUAUCAGAUCAAAGUGCAGUGCGCUGCAGAUAAAGAGUUGCCGAGAGGAUUCAUCCACAUAUUCCGAACACCUAGCUUGAGGAAGCGCGCAUUCUGUACCAUUUUGGUCUGGUUUGGCAGUAUGGGUACUGGGGUCCUCGUGAUUGCGAACUUGACGCCCCUGGUCUUUGCCGGCCUCGGCGAGAGCUCUACAGUGCAACUCGGUCUUUCUGCCGCUUGGUAUGCCAUCUGUAUCAUCUGCUCUUUUGCUGGUGGUCUGGCUGUGGACAGAUUUGGAAGAAGAAACUUCCUUGUCAUCGGUUGUGUCGGCUGCCUCUUGUCAUUGACUAUCGAGGCUGCGAUGCAGGCAAAAUAUAUCGGCACGACGAAUACAUCAGGUUUGACGGCCGGAGUGGUAUUCUUUUUCAUCUUCGCCAUCUUCUACAACGCCUUCUACGAUGCCGGCUCUUUCGUUUAUACUGCAGAAAUCUGGCCGACACAUCUCCGUGGUGAGGGCGUCACAAUCGCAAUGUGCACUCUCUACGCUUUCGCCAUCGCCUACAACUCUCCGGCUUCCCUGGCCUUGAGCACCAUUGGUUGGAAGUACUACCUGGUUUUCAUCUGCGUCUCAGUGGUAUCAAGUAUCUGUAUACAAUUCUACCUCCCUGAAACGGCAGGCUUGACUUUGGAGGAGAUCGGUGAACUAUUCGGUGAGACAGCGCAGGUUCACUUCAGGGACAUUCAUCUUGAACAGGUACAGUCAGAAGAGCUAGGAGGUGAAAGCAUUGUGAAAUGA